CUCUUCAGGCACCGACCUGUCCAACAUCUUUAACCUUGACUCAACCCCCUCAAUUGCCUCAAUUGAAGUUAUCCAUCAAGCUCAAUAGAAAGAAUAAUUCUUGAGGGAAAGAGAAGAAGAAAAAGAUCCUGCAAAAUGCCUUCUCCACUUUUAGAAGGUGCCUACCUCCUCCAAGCUUUCCUCGCAGCAAUCGAAGUGCUCCAAAUCUCCUCGCUCUUCUACUGGGGCUACGCUCCUUACUCUCCCAACGUCUACUCCUACAUGUACCUCCCCUCCCACUUCCCUUCUCUCGCCCCCCUUCAAGCCCGACUAACACCACCCAGCGUCCACUCCCUCGGCCCGCUUCUCGCACUCCUCCUCCUCUUCACAAUCCUUGUGCAGAUCAAAACCCCCAGCCCCACACGAAAACAAACCCUCCGCUUCGAGCUCCUAAAAAGCCUCAUCGUGUCCAUCUUCUGGGUCUGGCUCCUUAUCUCCAGCAUCAUCAGAUGGCAUUGGGACCCCUACUACCACCUCGCGACCAUCGUGCUCUCGUUCCUCUUUGUCUGGUCUGUGUACCUUCUCUUUUCAGCGUCCCUUCCUCGCCCCUGCAGCAUUUGUUUUAUUUUCCCGGGUUUUUACACUUCCAAGUUCGAGCUGAAAAAUCAAACUGCACGGAAAUGCAAUAAAUGUACUGCACCUAUAGCGCUGACAAAAGACACAGCGUGGUCUUCUACUCGACGCUCUGGGUCUCCCUGCGCAAGGAGCCCCACCCAGGCGCCGCGGUGCGAGGCGAGGCUGAGUCCCUUCUGCCGCAUUAGGCUCUCAAGUCGCCCAUGCCAAAAUCCGAAAGGGACAGAAUGAAUGGUGGCUAGCUGAAGCGCGCGGGUGAGACAUUCUUUCGAAGAUUCCAUGCGUAGUCGGGUUCAGGGUUCCUUCAUCCCACGUUCACGGGACCAAGCAUAACUACCCCACGUCCGUUGGCCGCGGUCACUCCGAGCCUCUAUCAUAGGUGGGUAAUUUCCGAUCAUAAAAAGCAAAAAUAGUGUUUCGUUUCAAGUGAGGAUC